AUGGCAGAAGUUCAGUGUGCUCUCAGUAAGAUUGCGGGAAGCCAUGACCCGGAGGCUCCAAAUGCGAACCUGUGGAUCACAGCUGAUCACGAGCAGACCUCUGAGAAUCCUCCUCAUUGCCACGCCCGCAGCAAACAUGUCUUAACCGAAGACAUCGUGCACCGCGAGGUGACUCCUGACCAGAAGCUUCUGUCCCGGAGACUCCUGACCAAGACCAACAGGAUGCCACGUUGGGCAGAGCGACUGUUUCCUGCCAACGUCGCCCACUCGGUGUACAUCCUGGAGGACUCGAUUGUGGACCCACAGAAGCAAACCAUGACCACCUUCACCUGGAACAUCAACCACGCCCGGCUGAUGGUGGUGGAGGAACGAUGUGUUUACUGUGUGAACUCUGACAACAGCGGCUGGACCGAAAUCCGUCGGGAAGCCUGGGUCUCCUCUAGCUUAUUUGGCGUCUCUAGAGCUGUCCAGGAAUUUGGUCUUGCCCGGUUCAAAAGCAAUGUGACCAAGACAAUGAAGGGCUUUGAGUACAUCUUGGCCAAGCUACAAGGUGAAGCCCCUUCCAAAACACUUGUUGAGACAGCCAAAGAGGCCAAAGAAAAGGCAAAGGAGACAGCGCUGGCAGCUACAGAGAAGGCCAAGGACCUGGCCAACAAGGCCGCCACCAAGCAGCAACAGCAGCAGCUUGUGUAGCUCCCUCCUCCCUUCCCAUUGUACUUGAUUAUUAAAAAUCCACCUCCAGCCCUCUCUGCUGUCUGGUGGUGGUGGGUCAGGGUCCGCAUCUGCAGUACGCCUGCUCAGUGGCUACUGAGCCCAGACUCCUUUUACCCCAUUGGGCAGAAAGGUGCAGUGACUUGCCCAGGGUCACAGGCAGUGCGCAGGUGAAGAGGCGAUACAUGAUAGACUGUACGCUCCUCGAGGGCAGGGCUCUUGUUUUAUUCUCUGAUGUGUCCCGAGUACCCUGAACAAUAUUCAGCACAUAACAGGCACUCAAUAAACACUUGAUUUGAUUGGCCCCA